AUGCGUAUUUAUAUAGGAACCUGUUCUAUAGGAAAAAGCAGUAACGGAAAACUGAAAAUAUGAUUGUUUUAUUAAUUUAGAUGUUUUUAUCACUUUAUGUUAAUAAAUCAUGGAUAUAAGAACUUACUCCCUGUGUGCUCUUAUGCUUGUAAUAAAUGAAGUGUCGUCACAGAGCGUCACAGUCGAAGCUGCUCAAGGAGACGCUGUGAUCUUACCGUGUUCAUCCAGUCGUUAUGAAAAGGACGUGUUCUGGCAAUACAGAGACACCAAGACUGUGUAUGACAUCAUCGAGGGUAAAGAGAAUUUUCAUGACCAGGAUGGAGAGUACAGGGGCCGAGUCAAAGGUUUUCCAUCAGAGUUCACAAAUUGGAAUUACUCCAUCAGACUGAGUGACGUGAAACUCAGUGAUACAGGAACUUACAGCUGCACCAUCCCUAACUCCAGAACUGUCCAUGUAGAACUCAAGGUCAAAGAUGAGAGUGACUCAAGCCACAGGACUUCCCCAGAUAACAGCGGCAUCAUGAGAAAAGCAGGCAGUAUCUCAUCUUUAGUCAUUUCAGUUCUGCUGUGUAUCUUUUCUUUUUGAAGAAAGAAUUAAAGCUUUAAAAUCUUUUCUUCAGUACAUCUUUGGCAUUCAUUUUAUUAUUAUUAAUCAGAUAGCAGUAUAUACACAAACUAUGCAAAGUUCUUUUUAUUCGGCAGAUAAAAGGUUGGAGUAAAUUUAGACUAGAGAUUGGAUACCCAAAGAAACAGUAUACAGUACAGUAUAUAGUGACUGUAGAGGAGGCUGCAUUCUUUGCAAACGUUUAUGUAAACUUUUAGAUUCCAUAUAAAUUCCAGAUGAGCUCUGUCCU